AUGCUGCCUGCGGCCCGCCAGAGUCCCCCGGCCGUCCCGCGGCUGACGCCCGCCGCCCUCCGCGGCCUCUACGCCUGGCUGGACCGGCUCCCGCUCAGCCGCCCCAAGCGCCACUUGGCCCGGGACUUCAGCGACGGCGUGAGGCUGGCUGAAAUUGUGAAGCACUUCCGGCCCCAGCUCGUGGACCUGCACAACUACGUCCCCAGCUGCAACACGGACCAGAAGCUCAGCAACUGGAGCACUCUGAACAGGAAAGUUUUUCAUAAGCUGCGUUUCUGUGUCUCGGAGGCCGACAUCCGCAAGGUGGUGGCCAACACGCCUGGGGCCGUGGAGCCCAUCCUAUGUACGCUGAGGGCCAAGGUGGAGGAGGACGUGCUGGGUGGGAACCCCCUGUCUGAGGUGGAUCCAAGACCUUAUGGCCUUGGUGCCGAGAGUCCACGGGCAGAGCUCACCGGCCGCAGGCACACAGCAGGCAUCAGCACAGAGGAGGAGCAGGGACCGGCAAGUCCCCCAGCGCCGCCGUGUGCCUGGAAGCCCUCUGCACGUCAGCGGUCCCUGGAGGAGAAGGGCUGUGCCUGCCAAGGUCGGGACACUGCUGCCCAGCCCUGGGAGCCCCUGGACCCUGGGGCCCAGCAGCUGCUGGAGGACAAGGAGCAGGCACUGGCCAUCCUGCAGGAGACGGUGAAGAGGGUCCUCUCGGGAGAAGCCACAUUUUAG